AUGAAACCCUUUCACUAAACCUUCAAAUAAAAUGUUAAACUUUAAGUUAUCUCAACCAAAGAGUCUUAUGUAUUUUAAUAUUAAAUUAUAUCAUUUAUGAUUAUUUAGAUAAUAAAUUUAUAUCAAAAGUAUAAUGUAAACAAUUAAAUCAAACUAUUUGUGAAUUAUUCAACAUAUCCCUAAGUACUAUCUUGAAAAAAUUAAGAGUUAUUAGUUCCAAUUAAUGAUUAGAGUUUAAAAUUAAAAAUAGGUUAUAUAGAAGAUUUGAAACUUAAUGGAAUCAUUUGGCCAGAAAAUAUGCAUUUUAUAGUGGAAGUUUAGCUUAUUAUGAUUUAAGUGGAAAACUUGAUUGCCACCUUAUAUCAAUGCAAAGAGUAAAUAAUUACUUAUUAAUUAUAAUAUCAAAAAGUUAUAUUUUAAUUCAAAUAGAUAAUCGGAUCAUGA